GUCCUGGUGGCUCCACUACUGUUAAUGAGGACCCACAGAAGGAGAAUAAGCUUCUGAACAAGUUGUUGAAACUGGGCAGGAAGAAGAAUGAUGCCGUGAAUCGACCUACUCCGGUUGUCUUCGAGACGGGCAACGAAGUGAAUGCCUGCACCCAAGGCAUAUGGAUGUACAUCUGCGAGGAGGAGCUCAAUGACAAGGUCGUCAUCUUCCUUGACUGUGAGGGUUUGGGCUCUACUGGUCGAGACAAGGCUUAUGACACUAAGCUCAUGGCCAUGGCCCUCCUUAUGAGCAGC